UGAACGAAGAAGAAGAAGAAGCGUACAACCAAAGAACACACAAACCGAGAGAGAGAACGAGACAUUAUUAUUAGCUUUUUGUUGUGUUGUAUAGUACACAAACAAACCAUAGUGUGUAAGAGGCAACCCCCCCUUUCUUCUUCUUCUAUAGCUUCUCCAUUCUUCGAUCGUUUUUUUCCUUAUUAUUUCCCUGUUUCAAUAAAUCGGGGGUUCCUCUUUCUUUUUCUUUUUUUUUUCCCUUUUUGAUUUCUCUUUUUUAUUUGUUAAUACAAAUUCUUUGUUCAUAAAUCGAGAAAGUGAAAGAUUUUUGUGCUUUGGAGCGGGAAAAGAACAAAGGGAAGAUGUCAAAGAAGAAAGCUUUCAGUGGCAGUACCAUGACUUUAAAAGAUUUUCAUGGCGGUUCUAUCCCUAGCGAUCUUCCUUUACCUUCUGCCCCUGGCGUGACUGUUAGGCCUACCGAUCGUUCAGGUUAUGAUAGAGCAACAUCAUGGGGAAACCAGGUAGGCCGACCCGAUCAUCGUGCCCGGCCCAAUUCGUCACCUGCAACUAGGCAUUUUGAUGAUAAAUCUCCAUUUCUUACUAGUUCAGUUCAUAUUGGUCGUUAUUUUGAUGAAGAUGAAAGGAAGCCGUUGGAUGGGGUUUCUGCCCCGCGUAGAACUAUUGCCGAUGAGAGUUUAGGGGUUCCUGUUAGUCAGAUGGAGCUGAAGCCUGAGUCUGCUUAUGCAGGGAGGGUUUCGGGUCGAUAUGGGUCUGCUUCGGUGUCUUCGUCAAUGGGUGGUUCGGGGAAUCUGUACUCUAGUCGAGUGUCCGAGGCUGCUGCUGUUGGUGUAAGUUCUCAGAGUUCUGGGGGGAACCGUGUGCAGGCUGUUUCUGGGUGGUAUCCUAAUGCAUGGGCAGCUAGGAAGGAGGCGACAGCGAGUGCUGCUGAGACUGUACAAUCUGUAUGGUCUGAACAAAGUGCUGUCUCGAAGUUGGCUCAUGCUAGUGCUAUGGAAAAGAUUUCCUCAGGUAGAUGGCAGUCAAAGCAGUCUAUUCAAUAUCAGAAAGAUGUCGAUGUUAGUAAACAUUCAGAAACAGAAACCGGCUUGCACUCCCAGGGUUAUGAUGUGAUUGCUGUGGCUGGGAGGGAACAUUCUGAUGUGAUAUCGGCAAGGCAAGUUGAAAGGGGUGUGAAUGUUGAACAUGGAAUUAACUGUGGUAGAAAGGUGUCACCAGACUAUGAGAGGAAUCCUCGUCCUAACUUUUUGGAAGUUAAAGAAAACAGAUCAGUAGUAUAUGGUGAUGGAAUUCCGUCAGCUCGAUCAGAUGGCAAAUUUGGUGGUCCUAAGUUGCAGCCAUCACCGUCAGAAGCAUCUGAGCGGCCCAAGUUGAAGUUACUUCCUCGCACCAAGCCAUUGGAUAAUUUAGAACCACCUUUUGUUGAUGCUAAGCAGGAGCAGCAGCAGUUGAGUGAAUCUGUUCUUACUCAUGGUGGAAUUGGUAAUGAUUCAUAUGGAUAUGUGAAUAUUGUGAAACCUGGUUCAGCUGGUAGUGAGAAUGGGAACCAGGCGGUGGAGCGUCCUAAGCUGAAUUUAAAGCCUCGAUCACAGCCUGUUGAACAGUUGGAGGGUAACAUUGAGAAAGAAAGAAAUGCGUUGUUCGGCGGUGCUCGCCCACGAGAAAUGGUUCUGAAGGAGAGAGGGAUUGAUGACAGCAUCCAUGAGCCGGACCAACAUCCUGAUAGGGUCGUCAAACAUAAUGUUCCGAGGAGUGAAAAAGUAGCAGAGCAAGCAGCUCCUCAUCCCAGUGAAAGAGUUGGGAAUCCUCCUGUUGAUCAGAGAGCUGGAAGAAAAUCUGAGAGAAACCAUGGUGUUUACAAUGAAAGAGUUGAUACGCAGAGGAGGAACCGGCCUAAUGAAAACCGGCGGAAUGACAAGGAAAUUGAGAGGCAGCAGCGGCAGGAGAGGCAGCCAUCACCUGAGACCUGGCGUAAGCCUGCGGAACAGCCUAAACCAGUCUCUCCUGAAGCUGCUGGUGUGCGCUAUGGAAAAGCAGCAUCAGCUUUGGAGCUUGCUCAAGCCUUUUCCAAAUCAUUCUCAGAUCAGAAAACAGAUGAUCGAUAUGCUGGGCAAAGGAGUCUUCCUGGCCGUCCUCAAAUGCCCUUUUCUCGGCUGAUGGGCCCAACUCCAAGGCCUCAGAUAAAUGGUUACUAAAAUUUGGGAGGCUAUUGUCUUCUUACCGGUGACCAGAUUGUGUUACCUGUAAUUCCCUAAUUGGUUUUAGGAUGUCAGUGAUUAUAGUUGUGCUGUAUGACCUCAUCAUUUCAUACAGUUGAUCUGUCUUUGUUUUUUUCAUUUAAAACAAAUUUUCGGAACAAUUGGCACACCAAAUCAAUUGCUAUGUCAUCUUUAUUCGCCUCAAA